GGAACCAAUCGACACUGAGACACUCAGAGAGAACAGUCCUCCAGUAGGAAGGGCCGGCGGCACGCAUCACACAGGUUUCACAGUGAGAAGCAGCCAUGGCAGCCGUUCCUGAUGUACAGGAGGAGUUGAAGGAGUUCUACAGUGUGAACGAUGAACAGUUCUACGAAGUCGGCCCCCCCUACUUGGGGAAGAGCUCCAAUCAAGGUCCGAGCCCCUGCUCCCUGUCCCAGAGCUAUCCAGCCUGCGAUGUGGGCAUCCAGUUGCAGUUCACAGAGCGGACCUCUAGCAAGGUGUUCCGCAGGUCCGUGGUGCUGGUGGUUGCCAUAGAGAAGAUGAAAAAGGCAUCGAAAGCGAGGCCCUUCACGGACGAUGAUUUGAGGGGCAUCUUGGACACCGUCUUCGAGACCAUCUCCUUUGAGAGUCACAACGUUACCCACGCAGUGGAUUCCAUUUACCGUUACUUCAGAUCCAUCUCCUACGAAAUACGAGACACUGACCAGAAGUGCUUCAAGCUGGAGGCUCCCGCCCAGCUGGUGGCUGUGCAUUUGCAAGGCCCCAACAUCAGACACCAAGUGAAGAUAAACAUGGCUCUCUACAGACCGAAAAGCGGCACAAGCAACCAGAGCUCCAUGAGGUUUCCGGUCGCUCUGGGCAUCAAGGGGAGAAGUCUCUAUCUGUCCUGUGUGCACAAUGGCCAGCAACCGAUGCUGCAGCUGGAGGAGGCCGAUAUCCUGAAGGACGUCGAUGGAGCCGAGCUGGAGCGCUUCAUCUUCUACAAGGUGGAAAAUGAGAGCACGGCCCAGUUCGAGUCGGCCACCCACCGCGGCUGGUACAUUUGCACCUCUCCUCAGAAAAACCAGCCAGUCGGCGUCACCAACCAGCUCGGGGAAGUGUUCAUCACCAACUUCUUCCUCACUCAGUCCAAGCACUGAGUGCUCAUCCCAAACCGGCAGUUACCGGUUUCAGCAGAAUCUUUGUAUGUACUAAGUACACGGGGGACAGUUGUAUUUAUGAGUGAGCCCUGGCUCAUGAUCAGGGGCGGCUCUAGGCAUUUUGCCACGCCAAGCACGCGCUUGGUGUGCUGAUGCCUGGAGCCGCCCCUGCUCACGGCUCAGAGACGUGAUUGUAACACGUCUCUUACAUGCAUGUACUGUGUCUUUCUGUUUGCUUUGUGCCCUGCCCUAUUCUAGAGCAUAGACCAGUGGCCCCAGCAUCUAGAAUUAACCUCUUACUGGCAUGGGAGCUCUAUAUUAGAGCCCUCUUUAUUAGAGGCUUAUCUUGGUGUCUGUCUCUUCUCUCCCACCUUCCACAGCUUCAGUCGUUUUGCUAUCAGACUAAUAUACACAUGUAUUAAAUAAUAUAAAUAUUAGAGACAGAGGAAUGGCCAUCAUCAUGCAGCAUGAUUUUUUUUUCUGUAAAAAUACUAUUGUGUUGUUGUUUCAAUACAAGAUUAAAUUGCUCUGUUUCACUGUUGGUAACUUCUAUUAACAUGUUAAUUAUAAAUGAGGGUAUUUUUGGAAUUUAUUUAUUGACUAAUUUAAUAUUGCCGGGCUGAUUUUUAAUAAAAAAACCUGUA